AUGGCCACGACAAUCGUUUCCUCGCCCGGCAAAGUCUUGCUUGCGGGAGGCUACCUCGUCCUUGAUCCAGCUUACUCUGGCGUCGUCGUGUCCACCUCCUCGCGUUUCUACUCCGUCAUCCGAGGCGAAGGUGCAAGCGGUCCACGUGGCUCGAACCCAAACCUUUAUUGGAUAAGGGUGCGAUCCCCCCAGUUCUUAGAUGCUGUGUGGGUGUACUCGGUCGAGGUCGGUGGAAACGCUGUUCGGGUAGAACAGACCACAGACGAAGCUGGAUCCUCCUUUUCCAAGAAUAAGUUCGUGCAUCUUGCGAUUCAACGUACCCUCUCCUUAGCGUUGGAGAUCCGAGGUGCAAAUGCCCUCAAAGACGCUCUCUCCAACGGUCUUGACAUAGCGAUCGUGGGGGAUAACGAUUUCUAUUCCCAGCGAGCGCAGCUCCAAUCUCUCGGACUCGAGCCCGUAUUCUCCUCACUAUCUGCACUUCCCCCUUUCAGCAAGACAAAUGUGCGCCUAUCGGACGUGCACAAGACCGGCCUGGGGUCUUCUGCUGCGUUGAUUACUUCGCUAGUUUCGGCACUGCUCGUCCACACCUCGGUCAUAUCACGGGGGGCUCUACUACAAGAGCAAGAUGCCAUGACCAAUACUGACCGAAGACUAGCACAUAAUCUGGCACAAUAUAUACAUUGUCUUGCUCAAGGCAAAGUUGGCAGCGGCUUCGACGUCGCAGCCGCUGUAUUCGGCAGUCAAGUGUACACCAGGUUUAACCCAGCAGUCCUGCAGACACUAAUGACUGAGGAUGCGGCCCCUCCACAGUUGCUGCCUGUCAUCUCACCGUCAAAUAAAGCGUGGGACUAUCGCGUCGAGCCCUUUAAGCUGCCCCCGCUGACUCGCCUCAUGUUGGCUGAUGUCGAUGCUGGGAGUGACACGCCGUCUCUGGUCGGAAAGGUGCUCAAAUGGCGUCAGGCCGAUACUAUAGCCUCCCACCAGCUGUGGGAGGACCUAAACAAGACGAAUCAAGCGCUAUGCUCACAGCUGCUCAAGUUGUCCCAGCUGCACUCUCAAAACCCCACUGCAUACACCGCUGUAGUCAAAUAUAUUUCCACCAUCCAACCGCUACAGUGGUUGGCGAAUCCUAAUACCAAGAGAGGCGAAGGCCAGAUUGUAGAGGCAUUCUACCAAGCCCAUCUAAUUACUCAGGACAUUCGUUCUAAAAUGCGUCAGAUGGGAAAGCUUUCUGAUGUCCCAAUUGAGCCGCCAGAACAAACCGAUCUUCUGGACGCCUGUGUCGCCCAAGCUGGUGUCGUUGGAGGAGGCGUUCCUGGAGCCGGUGGAUACGACGCUGUAUGGCUUCUGGUGUGUGAUCCUGCAGGGCUGGAAUUCGAAGAGAAGCCCAUGCAUCGUGUUGGCCGCGUCUGGCAUACAUGGAAAGACCUCGUGGUCACCCCUCUAACCUCCUCCGAAAGUCUGGCGAAAGGUGUCCGCUUGAUAGAGAAUAUUGAUGAAGUCGCCGGGUUGAAGGAAGCUACUGCAGUCUAAAUCAUAGUACCGUAUAAUAUGGUUCCAAUCACAGUGUAUGUCCGCUGUAUCGAGUCCAUCCGUAUCUUAGUCAGAGCAAUAGACCCUCACUUCCAUCGGAAGUCGUGUGCUACAUCAUGCAGAUUUUUGCGUCCCCUUCUGGCGUCCAGGCUUUGCCAAGGGCCAGGAACAAUGAGAUACAAAGCACGGUGCCGC